AUGUUCAACAGCUGUCCGGGAUAUUUAGACGAUUCAGGUAUUUGGAACAAUGGUUUCAGUUGUCAGCCAGUUAACAACCGAAUUCGCGUCUGUUGCGGCCCAGAAAAUCGACGUGAAUGUUGCUUUGCAGAUGAACUUACUCAUCGAUCUGAUUCAAUUCCUGCUUCCGAACUCUCGCUAUCUCCCUUAUCAGCAUCAUCGUCAUUAUCGUUAUUAAAUAAAAAUAACUCAAGUGUUGCAAUUCCACCUUCAACAUAUAUUCUUAUUCUUGCUGCAAUCGGUCUUGCCUUGAUCCUACUUAUCGUCUUACUCGUUGUCUUGGCCUAUGCUAUUCAUCGUAAAUUGAAUAGAUCGUCCUCAUCGUCCUCGUCCUCAUCUUCAUGUUCAUCAGAAUCAACUUCAAUUAACAAACACUGCCGUCGCUUAUCGAUUGUGCUCGCCAACUCAUCGAAAAGCGGUGCUAGUAGUCCUGUUCCUAGUACCUAUGUUGACUAUUGGCCGCGCACAAUCGUUUCACCGUCCGAUUGGACCUUGACGAGACCUUACACUUCAUUCAUAGGAGGGCAUCAAAGAAAAGCAACUGAUCGAUUGUCGACUUUUAUGAAAAUGAAAUAUGUUACACAAACAUUGCAUUCUUUUCUGUCAUUGUCGUUAUUUAACUAA